CACUACAACCUGAACGCGAAACACAUUCAGCCAGUCAAAAAUUCACAUAUUGCUUAGUGCCCUAGCACACGUUUCGAUAUAAUAUUUUCGAAAAAAAGUUUUUCUUAUUUCCGAAAAAUUGUUUGUUGUCACUACUGAAUGUUUGAUGAAAAGUUGGAAAAUCGUCAAAUUAAAGUAAAAUGAGUACAAGGAAGAGUCCAGCCAUCGGUAUACACCUAGGAACCAAAUGUAUCCGUUGCGCAGUAUACAUAAAAGGGCAGUACAUCAUUCUUCAUAAUCCGUGGGGAAGUGAUAGCGUUCCUUUUUAUUACGCUUUGAAUAAUGAUGAGCAGAAUGAUUAUUUACUGGGCGAAGAUGCGCAGAAUUUCUCUUUUAUUGCACCGGAUUGUUGUGUUUUUGAUCUGGGCAAAUUUGUCAACGAAUUAUCCGCAGAGAAGUUUGUCCAGCAACAAAGAAAGUAUAUGUUGCCAUUUGACGUUGAUCGUGACAAAAACGGGGACAUUGGCGUUAAAUUGAACCGACCAAAUCACGACUUUCCAGAGUUUUGGCCCAUGCACCGAAUUUUAAAGAGGAUUUUCGCCAUGGUCAAAGAUUUCGCUCGAUACAACACGGAUGUCAUUACACAGGAAAUAACCGAUGUAGUUUUUUCCGUUCCACCAAAUUGGUCAUAUCUACAAGACGAGUUUAUAAAACAUGUCGCGCAGCUAGCCGGAUUAAACGCUUCCACAGUCAGCAGAAAUCUGGCAUGUUUUAUUGGCUGGAGUACAGAACGCAGAGUGGUUCAUGGAAAUUACUUAACACUGAAUAUUGGCGCAGCGCAGACGCAGAUUUCAGUUUUUCGAAUCGCUCAUCAACGAAUCCACAAAUUAUAUGAAAGCGUACCGAUAGAAAUCGGUGGGGAGGAUUUUGAUUGCCAGAUGGUGCGCCAUUGCUGUUUUCGCUUUGCCCAGGAAUAUGGAAUCGAUCUACUCCGAGGUCACCAGAAUCUGUCAGCCAUUGAAAGACUACGCUUCCACUGCGAAAAAGCCAAACGAGAACUGACCGCGGCGAAAACAACAGUUAUCCACAUCCCCAACAUUGUUAACAGCAUAGACUUCGCGUGGAAAGUGACAAGGGAAGAUUUGGAGAGUAUCUGCAGCGAAGAAAUCGCCAAAGUCGCCAGUUAUGUUGACAACGAAGUAAACAAGAUUGACCUGCGCGACAUUUACGAGGUGGUGCCGUUUGGAGGAACAACACGGAUGCCUUGUAUUCAGCAACAGAUACGGGAAAUUUUUCGUUCUUCCGUAAUUAAUCAAGCCGUUCGGUCGUACGCGGACGCAGCUUCAUUGUACGGGGCGGCCAAUGUUGCCGCUGCACCGGAGUUUUAUGCGUACUUAAACGAUCGCGACAAUGAGAAGCUGUUUCAUAGGCGGACAACGUACGUCAGUGAUGUGUACGAACCGGAAGUGGUCACUGACCAGAAGUCCAAAAUUCCAAUCGUCGUCACUCGCGUUCAGAACGAGUUGAUCAGGGAAGUCGAACCGGGUAAUCGACUGCGGCCCAACUGGGCAGCGACGGUGCAAGUCGAUAAUGGAAUCGGAGAUUUCAACGAUAAAACAAUAAAAUCAGUGUCCGAUGAUAAACCACUUCCGCCUAUUAGAACCGUUGACGUGGAAAAUGUCCCGCCGGCGCCGGUAGUGAAUGAGCGACCACGAUCGCUUCACAAUGAGGAAGCUCAAAAAGUGACCCAACCGCCCGCUGCCGAACGUCAGUCCUCCUCGGUCGAAAAUAAAUUGCCACCAAGAGAGCAACUGACAGAAAGGUUUUCUGCGGAAGCCGACAUCGCAUACAUCGAGGGCGACACGGAAGACAACUUCCGGGCGAUGGUAAAAGUCUUCGAACGGAAUCGUGAAGCUUACAAAAAAGAGCGAUAUCUCGCUUUCUUGGAUUUAAAAAGUCGGCAUGAGUUUUUUGCGACAAGGAUCGAAGCGGGACUAAUCGAAGGCAUACUUGUUAAAAGGACGUUUAACGUUUUUCACGAUAAGCACGCUCUCUCCCGAGUGCAGUUCAACACCGGGUACGAAGCGAAGGAAUUUAAUUUCUGGACACAACAUUACAAAGAUAUCGAACAUACGGAAGAUGAACCAAUGGAGGCUGACCAGCGCAAUGGAUAUCCUGAUGGUAGAAACAAGCAGCGUCGAGCGGCAAAUGACAAUGACCUGGGUGGCAGGUCAGAAAAUGGCAAUGGCAAACCGAGGACGGUGAAGAAGACAAAACCAAAGAGUUUUCUCGAUACAAUCCUAGCAUGUGGAAGAGGAAACGGGGACGACGAUUAAACGAACCCGAAACAAGCAAUCUUUAACAUACUUCUCUUUAUAUACAACAGUUGAUUGGUAUCCGUUCAGAAUUUGUUAAGGAAAAUAAAGUAUCGUAUGCUGAACAAAGCAUGAAUUUCAGUGUCGGGAUUUUUCUACAUUUCAUACUUUAGAUAAACAGAAUACUUAUUAAUACAAACUUAUUAUUAUAGUUUGACCAUUGGUGUAGCUUGUAAGCGUUCCAGAUAUUGUUUUUGUCUGACAAUCAAUGUGUUUGUAGGCCAUUUUGUAGCGUAUUCUGUACAUAACUUGCAAAACUGUUUUAACAAAGUUUUUAUUAAAUUAGCAGAUUAUUUGAAGUGGAGUAUCAUGUGCAUGACUUUCUGCACACUAGUA